UCCAUUUGAGCAAAUUUCAGGCUUGGAAAAGGAAAGUAACUUUUAAACAUCGUUCGCAUCUCCGUGGAUGAUCUCAUGUAAAAGUUGGAUUUCCUUAUUCGAUGAUCAGAAGAGCUACGUUUUAUAUUUAUGGAACGAAUAUUCACGUAUAUUGCUGCGUUACUCAGUCGUUUGUUGUUUAUCCUUCAUGUCACUAUUACAGUCUGGUGGUUAACUUUAGUGACGAGAAACGAUAAAUAUUGGUACAUACUGGCGUAUUGUCUUGUAUUUCUCAUGCUAGAAACGAUGGUUACUGUAGUUUAUCGUAAAGGUCAUGAAUAUUUUUGGUUUUGUCCGAGCAUUUUCAUAUUCACAACGGCAGAGAUACCAUGUUUCAGUGCACUGCGAUUGAAAUUGGGCAGCUGCCUGAGAAUGAGCGAAACUGCUGACACAGAAAUUCGUUGUUCAACAAACUUAACAAAUAAUGUAGAAAAUGAGGUUGAUGGUCUUGGACUAAACAGUCUUUUUACUGAUCAUGAAAAGAUAGUGUCAGCAUUAGAUCAAACAUUUGUACUUUUGCUUGUCAUUGGUCGAUGGCUGUUACCAAAAGGUCAGAUGUCACGUGAGCAACUGUCGCAAUUAUUACUCAUCUAUAUUGCAGCAGCUGCUGACAUCGUAGAACUGACAGAAAUUUACGAAAUACGAAAUGUUUUAUCAUCUUCAAGCGUGGUGAACCUUCUCAUUUCCCUUUGGUCAAUCAGUCUUCUACAAUUCUCUGUUACAAUUCAAAAUGCAGAAACAAUUGCUCAGGACAUGGCAAACGAAGAAUUCAAACACGAGAAAGAAAGAGACAAUAACGUAAACGACGCGUCUGCUAUUUCUAAAAUUGAAAUCACAACCGAGAGAAGAUCAAAUCGUAUCGCACCAGCUCUAUACACCUAUAAACUAGCCCAGAGGAAAGCUUUAGAGAAGCAGAGAGAAAGACGAAACACGAUGGACUUAGAUUACUUGAAACCAAUAAACCAGGAAAAAGCACCACGAAGCACAAGUGGAAAUAUGAAUAAAAAAGAUAAAAUUUUGCCAAGGAUCCUAAAGGCUUUGAAUCGUUUUGAGAAUGUUGUUCAGAACUUCAUCCACUCACAUAUAGAUUUAAUUCAACUUCUUACACCAAUGCUACUACAGGAUGGACCGUUUUUAAUUUUACGACUUUAUCUUGCGUCAAAUUAUGACAUUAGUGACAGUAACAUGUUUGUAUUUUUGAUAGCAAAAAACGCUUUGGUUGUGAUGCUUCAGAUCUAUCGUAUAUGUGUAUUAUACUGUAAACCAAGUGAAUCCAAUGACGGCACCGAUGACGAUAUCUUUAACGAGACGCACGCGGUGAAAUUACGUAAUGUUCAAACUGCGCAUGCGUCUGUUCGCACAGCAACGCUGACCGUUCAGGCUGCGUCGAGAUUCAAAAACAGAAGAAAAAAAUCGAGAAAACAUUCGCUGACAAUACGAAACCCACUCACAACAUUCAAGAAAAAACGUCAUUUGAGUGUGGAAAACUCGACAGAAGAACAAGAGAGGAAAGAAGAUAAAAAAAAUCAAUUUGAAGAAAAUAAUCUGACUAUUUGAUGAAACAAAUAAAAAUUCGACUAUUAAAGACGAAGGCAUUGACUCGACUAUGAAAUACUACAAUGUAACCCGAACAAAGUAACAACAAGGAUUCACCAUCUUGAACCAUAUCCCAUUUACAACCAUAUACAAUAAACACUAAAUUACAAACUAAUGAUUGACAAAAUAGUUACUUGUGGUUUUGCAAUCCCAGACUAUAACUUACUUAAAUCCUUUGUAAAUACAUGUGUAUAUAUAUAUAUAUAUAUAUAUAGAUAAACCCUCUGAAUAAUUUAUAUAUUACCAAAACUAAGACAAGUUGUACAAGGUUUGUGAGCUCAAAAGGCAAAACAGUUCGUAGCGAGCAGUAUAAGUCAAAGAAACAUAAAAACACCAACGUUUUUGAGACGAUUUACACUGUAAAUGAUUUGCGCCUUGUUUACGUUUUGCUGGCAGGCAUAUUUUGUGGCGUGCGACAUGCAACAAUGGUUAACCUCUCUUCAGAUUAUUCAGCUUUCGCCAGCUAAACGUUAACAAAGCAAGUCAUUUAUAGUCUUCUGUAUUUUAUUCAACAGAACAAUGAAGAGUCCUAUAGAUGAAAAUAGCAAGGCUUAUGUAAGUCAAAUUUUCACAGCGUAGCAUGAGAAUAUCACAUCUCACAAAUCAACUCUUCAUUGGUCGUGAAAGCGCGCAAAAGGAUUGAGACUUGAUCACAAGUCCACCAUUAAAGUUUGAUGGAAAAAGUGUAAAAAAUUAGAAAUAAAAUUACGUGCAUAUCUAGUGCAGCAAAAAA